GAUGCGUGAAGCCCCCAAGGCUGUGGCUGGGCUGCGAUUUCCCCAUGCGCCGCUUGCUUGGCGAAGUGGGAUGAACUGGGAGAGGUCUUCAACACCAAAGAACGACCCAGACCACGCCAUAACACACGCUCAAACAUCGAUUCACCCCACCCACCAGAACACGUCGAAACCGGGGCAGACAGCUCUCAACCCUUCACACACGCCAGUUUUGCGCCUGCCGCAAGUGCUGUCGCCCCGCCUGCUUUAAUAUUCCCAGUUCGCUUGCCUGCCAACGCCAGGUACGUCAACACGAGCCGGAGCCUGAGCUGCCCCCACACCGCCCAUCGCAAGCUCACGCCUCGCAAAGACGCAAUCACCGCUGGGUCUCUCCCACUCUUGCAAGUGCGCCGCUGUUCCUGAGACAGCUCUGGAGUACCCCUAGCCCUGAACACGCUCCUCCGCAGCCCGACUCGCACAGCCCACCAUGGACGCCCAGAAUGACGAGCUCUACCCAAUCGCCGUCCUCAUCGACGAGCUGAAGCACGAUGACGUGAUUCUGCGACUGAAUGCCAUCCACCGUCUGAACACCAUAGCUCUCGCACUGGGCGCUGAGCGCACACGGGAUGAACUGAUACCCUUCCUUGACGAGUCUGUUGAGGAUGAGGAUGAGGUCCUUACUGCAUUGAGCGAGGAGCUGGGCAAGUUCGUCGAGUACGUCGGUGGCCCUGAGCACGCACACGUACUCCUGUCGCCCCUGGAGAACCUGGCUGCGAUAGAGGAGCCGCUUGUUCGUGAGAAGGCCGUCGAAUCUCUCAACAAGAUCUGCGAAGAGCUGUCGCAGCAGCAGAUUGAGGAUGCAUUCAUCCCCCUCGUCAUGCGCCUUUCGAAAGCAGACUGGUUCACCUCGAAGAUCUCCGCGACCGGCCUCUACCAGACUCCUUACACCCGCGCCACACCUCCUUCGCAGGAAGCCCUCAGACAGCACUACGGUCAGCUGGUACAUGACGACACCCCCAUGGUCCGAAGACAAGCAGCAAACAAUCUCGCAAAGUUCAUCAAGGCCAUGCCGCACACUAUCGUUGUCGAGGAGAUGAUCCCUCUAUUCCAACAUCUCGCGGCAGACGACCAGGACAGUGUCAGGCUCCUGACAGUCGACAUUCUCAUUGCGAUCGCGGAAGCAGUGCCCAAGGAGCAGCAGUCUAGUCAUGGUGUACUGCUGACUGCUCUGCGAAGCCUCUUCGAGGACAAGAGCUGGAGGGUGCGCUACAUGGUUGCAGACCGAUUUGAGAAGAUCGCAAAGGCUGUCGAUGAAGAGGUCGUCAACCGUGACCUCGUCCCAGCUUUCGUCAAGCUUCUCAAGGACACAGAGGCGGAGGUUCGCAGCGCAAUUGCUGGGCAAAUUCCCGGAUUCUGCGCACUUCUCGAGGGCGAGACUCUCCUCCACGAGGUCAUGCCCAGCAUCGAGGAGCUGGUCUCCGAUCAGUCACAGCACGUCCGUGCCGCCCUCGGCACCCAGAUCAGCGGACUUGCGCCCAUUCUUGGAAAGGAGGAGACCAUCUCUCAUCUCCUUCCCAUGUUCCUGCAGAUGCUGAAGGAUGAAUUCCCCGAUGUCCGCCUGAACAUCAUUUCGAAGCUCGAGUCCGUUAACAAUGUCAUUGGUAUCGAGCUCCUGUCGCAAUCCCUCCUUCCCGCCAUCGUCCAGCUCGCCGAAGACAAGCAAUGGCGCGUUCGUCUUGCCAUUAUCGAAUACGUCCCGCUCCUUGCCUCGCAGCUCGGCGUCAAGUUCUUCGACGAGAAGCUCAGCAGCCUGUGCAUGAGCUGGUUGGGCGACACUGUCUUCUCUAUCCGUGAAGCCUCCACCCAGAACCUGAAGAAGCUCACCGAAGUCUUCGGUGUUGAGUGGGCCAACGAGGCCAUCGUCCCCAAGGUUAUGGCUAUGGGCCAGCACCCCAACUACCUGUACCGAAUGACCACCUGCUUCGCCGUUUCUACACUUGCGCCUGCGCUCAGCCUUGACGUCAUUGAGGCUUCGAUCCUCCCGAUGAUGGACAAGCUCGUUAACGAUGACAUUCCCAACAUCCGGUUCAACGUCGCAAAGUCAUAUGGUGUCCUUGUCAACACACUAAAGCAGCUGCCCGAGGAGGGUACCGUGAUUGCGCUGGAGAAGGCAGGCACACCCGGCCAAGGCUGCCCGAAGGCGACAGAACUCAUCACAAAGAGCAUAUUGCCGAACCUCGAGAAGCUGCAGCAGGAUGACGAUGUCGACGUCAGGUAUUUCGCGACAACAGCGGCACAGAGCUUCACAGACGCAAUGCAGACCUAGUGGGUGUCGCAGCGUGCAAAGGUGGAAUCGGUCUUGUAACGAGGUCACGGCUGGCAUUCACGUACAGGUAAUGAUAUGAAUAGAAAGCGUCGCAGAGCCUAGGCUAGCUUAGUUGGGUGAAAGAUGCACGCAUUUGUAGCAACUAGGGAUGGAAGAGCCCUUGAAGAUGGCAGUUGGCCAUCGAAUACAUCUCUUCCAGUUAUGACGGGUCACGCU